CUCCCUGUUUCAGUAGGCUGCGAUACCUCGUGACAAUCGCGUCGGAAGCGCGUGUGACGGUGUUUUCUUCCCCCGCGAGCCGUGACGUUCGUUCGUUCGGGGCUAUAGGCGUGUGUGUGGUGUGGAUCUUUUUUUUCCUCUUCUAAAUCGAUCACACUGUGGUUGUGGGUGCGGAACGGAUGAUGGGCGAUUGAGGGUGUGUGUGUGUGUCCUGUUACAAGAAGGCGUCUCACAAACAGUGCUGUUUCAGUGUAAAGCAAAGAGCUAUUUCCAGCUAAAACAUGACAGGAGAAGCACUUGUCAUACAGCGUGGCAGGUGAUCUAGGAAAAUUGUGCUGCAGGCGCUUCUUGCAAAACUACAAUCCCACUUCCCUGGAAAAGCUACCUACCGGGAAGGUGCCCUUGAAAAGGCGCACAAGACCCCAGGAAGUGCGUUGGUGUAAAGUUAGUGUGAAAAGUGAAGCUGAUGUGUUAAUAUAACAUAAGUUACUGAAGUGAUUGGGUAAAAAAUACUAGCGUGCAAGUGUAAGUGUUUGACAAGUGAUUAGUAGGUGGUCGCACAGCAAACUAAUAAAAUAACAAGAACCACAACGCCGUAGCGAGUUGCACACCACCCGCUGCCCUGGUGGUGUGCUGCUGAAUGCGGUGGCAAGAUGUGGCUCGAGAAGCUAGUGCUGGUGUACCUGCUGACACUGUUCAACUCGCUGGAUGGAUACUUUCUGGAUAAUCAUCACCUGCAGAGUAAUGGACGCCAUCGGCGAAAAGAUUCCAACGAAGCGAAGGCAGCGCACAGAAACUCAUUAGGUCCAUUACAAAGUCAAUUUAUUACUAAGAAUAACACUAGAGUAAUUAGCCAACGAGGAGGCCUAGCGGUGCUGCCCUGCAGCGUCACCAUGACAACACCAGCCACUGUGUCCUGGUUCCGGCGGAAAGACUACCAGCUGCUGACGGUCGGCCUGUCGACGUACAGUAGCGACGACCGGUUCCUGGUCGAGCAUACGCGCCACCUCGGCAACUGGGCGCUGCGGAUAAAGAACGCCCGCAAGGAGGACGAAGGACUGUACGAGUGCCAAAUUUCCACCCAUCCACCCCAGUCGAUAUUCAUCGAGCUUAGGAUCGUCGAGGCGGUCGCAGAAAUUCUCGAAGCGCCCGAUUUGCAUAUAGACGAAGGAUCGACGCUGCGACUGGAAUGCAAACUGAAACGUGCCACCGAAAGUCCGCUGUACGUCUUUUGGUACCACGAGGAUCGGAUGGUGAACUACGAUCAGGAGGAUGGUGUGUCCGUGUCGAACAACAAGCUCACCUCCAGCAUCCUGACGGUGCGGAAUGCGACGGCCCGGCACGGUGGCAACUACACCUGUGCUCCCGCGAACGCGCGCCAAUCGAGUGUUUACGUGCACGUGCUGAAAGGUGAAAAGCCAGCCGCAAUGCAACAUCCCAACAAAAACCCGACAGCAACAUCCGGUGCGCGGGCGGGCACGCUCCCCCCGCUGACCGCAUAUCGGUGCGGUUGGGUCCGGCCGGUUCGCUCCUGGUGUCCCCUGCUCGCGGUUAGCCUGCUGCCUGCCACGGUCAGUCUCGUGGCGACGAUGCUGCUGACGAUGGUGGGCCGAUUAGCGCGGGGCACGGGCCAGCGGCCGGGUGCAGCCGGGCCCACACCCAAACCAUCCGACGACGACGGCCGACGGCCAUCCGAGCCUUACCUUCCCGUCGCAUCCCGGCGCCGGCAGUGCCACCGCACCGCGCUGCUCACGCUCUGUAUACUAACCGCACUUCUGCUCUCCGUUAAGACUAUCUUCAGCAAAAGUAUUAAACUGUUCGAUGUAGUUUAAAAGCAAACCGCUCCCCGUUCCCGUCUCGUCGGCAAAUUUGGGACGUUCCCGCUUCCCGGGUGUGGUGAGUGUGGAAAAGCGAACGCCCCAACGACGGGGGGAAAAACACAUACGUAUAAAUAUUUUGUACAGGUUUUCUAGCAUUAAAAUGUUUAGGGUUAAUCUUUACGGGCAAUUGAGAGGACAAUGUGUGUGUUGGUUGUUUGGCCAAACAGAACAGAAAGUACAACACAGCUGAACGCACAGAGAGAGAGAGAGAGAGAGAGGGCAAGAUAGAAUGAGGCGCUAGGUACAAAAUGGGGACAGUUUUAGAGGAAUUGUUUGCAAAGCAAAUAAGACCCACAGUCGGGAGGGCCCGACCGGACCGGACAACCGUACCUUGGGUGGACUUUGACUAGGAAGACUGCAAGGGUUGCAGUUGCAGCUCGUAUGCAAUGGUUCUUAAGCUUAAAUUGUUAUCUUUUGGAUUCCGGUAUGUUCCGGGGUUGCAGUGUUCGUGUUGUAUCUGCACCGGUAAACUGUCAUGACCCUGCCCAUUCGGUUUACGCAGUGGUUUUAAGUAAGCAAUCUUCCGGUCACUGCAACGCCGGCACAAGCACUAGGAUCGUCUCCGGUCAGAAUCUCUGUAUAAAAUCAAUUCACACUUCCCUUGAACGCACCGUACCCGGUUGGAUCAUUAGUUAGACAAACACCCGAUACCGAUUUCCGAUUCAAAAUCAAUCACUACUGAGGGCAGUGAUUGUUCUUGUUCCUUCUUGCUGCAGAUAAUCCAGCCACAAUCGCAAUGUACCGGCGAUUGUGGUGAUGGCGAACGGAUUGGGAUGUAACAGAACUGGUCGAACUUUUGCCCGCAGACGAAACGCCCUCGUGAGAGCAAUCCAAGUCUUUGAGCAGCACAGAUUUAAGGGGGUGCAAAACUUCACCAUCAUCAUGAUCAUCAUCAUCAUUCCCAUCUCCGAUUGCUGGUGGAUAAAAGUAUUUACGAUGAAAUAUUGAUUAAACAAACGAAAUUUCGUUCCAUUUCACGUUCGGGAAGGACGAAGAGGGGAGAUUGUAGGACCCUUCCAAUCACUUCGGCGGUUGGAAAGAUUUCAUUUUACAUCUCGUACUGGUUAACCAAAAACGUACCGAGAUGGGUUUUCUGUGUGUGCAUCUGUGUGCGCUGCUUUUUAUUCCCUUUUCGCUUUUCGCUGCUGUUGUACUUGAGAGUUGUUGAGCAGCAUUUGAAAGGAGAGAUGAAGAACUUUCCCCGUAGCAAAACUUGUGGCAGAUUGUGGAGUGUUUUCUUGUUUUUUUCUGAUUUUUGUAAUCCGAUCUGAGUUUCGAUUCCAACCAUCUCUACUGUUACAGACAGGCUCAAGGAGCUGUUGCGAUGGAAUCAUUAAGCAGCAGUUGAAAUUGGUGGGAAAGAAUGUGAUUUUUCCCCCUUUCAAGAUGAUGACGGUAAGCAUGGUGAUUUUCCAUCGCUUAACUCAAUUGUGAGGCAACAUUUUUUGCUUGAAUUUUUUUCUCAUAAAACAUAUUCCAUUUGAAAUGAAAUGAAGUGUGAGCUUCUAUUGUUCAAAAGCAGGGUGUAAUCUUUUGCUGAAUUUCCAUUUGUAAAAGAUGGCGCCUGCUUUCACAACCAUCUCAUCCGUGCGAUGGAUGACUAAUGGGGGAAAAAGCUAUAAACCACGAAAGGAUUGAAAGGAAGUUCGAAGAAAUAAAAGGAAAGUAAUAUAAAACUUUCCGAUCGGUUCUCUAUCGCUCCUCUAACCAGGGAUGAAUUGAGCGAAUAUUUGAUGAUCAUGCACUGGAUAUUUCUUUCCACCACCCCACACCCAUUGCUACCCGUUGGCACUAUAAUGAGCCAGCGUUGAGGACGUUUGCAACUAAUCAUGAAUAAAGUACAUUUAUCUGCGCCAACCCUCCUGGCCACGGCCCAAUUGCCGGCAAUCGGAAGCUCAUCGGGAUCCGGGUCCAUGCAAUUGAAGAAGAAACACCAGGAGGAAAAAGUUUCCCUUCUCCAGCUCCAACGUUCCAACGUGAGCUGAGCUUUUCAUUUCCCGCGUUGCGGCUCGAGGGGGGAAUUUUCGCACUGCGCCACCCGGGCGCUGAAUCAUUGAUGGUAUUUGCAUAAGCGAUUAAAAAUGCAAAUUAUAGUUAUUUUAUCUCGAACUAUCGUGGCCGCUGCUUAACCACGGGCCACGGGCCGCGAAUGAAGUGGCAAAUCUCGAGUCGAGAUCAGCCGGUGGAUUCAUGGUUCGGUGCAUUGCAAUUGCAAACUCAACCGGAGCACUUUAUCUGGCACGUGCACGAGCAUGAGCGGGCACAGGUGCUGUGCGCUGAAGGUUAGAGCGAGAGGAAGAAGGUGAGAGAGAGAGAGAGAGAGAGAAAGAGAGAGACAGACACAGUGAAAACUUUCUAAUCCUAAUGAGGGUUUCGGCAUCAGAUGGAAAGUGCUGCUGGUGUCAUAAUGGUAGUGUCACAUUGAGUUGCCGCCAGUGAUUAGCUUACUUUAAUCACUAACGGUCCUGGUUUCAUGCUCCACAUAAUAGGAGAAAAGCUGUGUUGCAUUCUAAUGUGGAGAGGAAAACAAAGCCAAUUCUUCAUAUGGAUCACGUUCAUAGCGCUUAGCUUCAGUUUUGGUUUGAAAUGCUAUUUAUUUCAACUUUAAUUUAAUUUUUUUUUGUACUUUAAUGCGUCUACGAGCAAUGAUUGCAUAAUAUUUGUAUACUUUUAGGCGUCACCGUUAUGUAUAUAAGCGAAAGGCGCCUUUUAGUAUGCAAUUUGCGAAACUUGACUGGUUUUAGUGAAAUUAAUAAUUGUUAUAAUGUUAAUAAUUGUAAUAAUGUUUCAUUCAAAUUAAAAUCAUCAAAAGUUUUAAGUUUUAUUUCCUUUAUCAAUUUAUUUCUUUUAGCUGUUUUAUCUCCUUUUAGUAGAUAGCUAAUUUAUGUAGUCUAAUUCUUAAUUUUCCUGUUUUCUUAUUCUUAUUCACUUCUUAUAUUGAUUAAUCUAUCAUUUCUAGUCACAUCAACACAUACUCAUGUCUUCUGUGAAAACAACAGAUAUUUUUCUGUGAGAUGAACAUUUCAUUUCAACACACUGGCUGUGCCUUUGGGCCACGAGAUGUGAGUAUGAAUAUUCCACAAGAACAACACAACACACUCUCCUUACACACAAAUACAAACACACACUUAUCAGCUGAAGUAACAUUUCCCUCGAUGAGACCACAAGAUUGGAUAUCGAUCAGAUCGGUUGCUCUUUCACAACCCGACUACACAACGCAAACCACGGCGACUUCACGGUGAUGGUGUACAGCCACGGUACAGCGAAAAACAUUUUCCACCCGAUCGGAUCGUGUGAGCUGUUGUGCUGUUCUGAUCGAUUGUGCAUCUAUUUUUCAUCAGCCAAUUCCCCACUCCCAGCAGUCAUCCUGAAUCGGGGGUUUUUGGUGCAUCCAUGUGAGCAGCACAUCGGCACGGGUAAGGAGAUUUCCCUUAAGAAGAAUGUAAAAUUUUUCCUCCAACUAUGUGAACCAACGAGGAGCAAAAAAAAGAAAAAAAAAAGAAAGUUUGUGAGGACCUCACAUGGUGCAGAAUGAACGAUGAUGGUACGACAUUGAUGCCAACACCGAUCGAAAACAAAUCGAAUGACAAUCCUAUUUUCUUUUCGAGCGUUGCAAAAUAUUAUCGUAACGUUCCCGGCUUGUGUCCCGGCUCAGGUGCAGUCGCGUGUAGGGAAAUACACACACCAGCGACAAUGGGAACUGUAAGCUUAUUGUGGGUUUCGGUUGAUUGUAGCCAAUUGAGCGCCCACACGUUAUAGCGUGGCCGGGGGAAAUAAAACACGCCAACUUCCCCACAAAACAAGGGAAACUAUUUCAAUCAACAACAAUCGGUUGCAGCUGCAGCCGUUGAUACCGAUGAGCCCGCUCUCGUUCAUCGAGUGGGACAGAGUGGGGUGCCAUUUUGCUGCGGUGUUGCAAAUGUUUGUUGGCGGAAUGUGUGAUAAAAUAACAAACUUCUGAACCUGAAAACGUUUUAUUUUUGUUUAUAAAGCUAGAGACGAAACAAUCUCUAGCAAAACACAUUCAGCAAAAGUUAAGAACCGCAUACUGAACGAAGGACACCAAAGGUACGAUGGUCUGCAGCAAACAAAAAACAAAAUCGUCCAUUCACAGAGAUCGAUUGUUGCCGUUCCCAUUUAAAAGCAAAACCAUAAGCCGACAAUGCAACCAACAGCUGAACCAGAAGCAAACAACAACGACAACAAAAAACCCUGAAACAAAGGUUUGUUUUUAUCAAACCGCUCGUCUCGUACCCGGGGGGCCCAUUCUCGCCGGCUAAAUGGACAACAGGCUGGCACAUAGUGUAAUAAAAUUAAACUAGCCAAGCAUGUGUGAAUACUAAACCGAGCGAGGGGUGGUGCUAUUUCAAACUAGCGCCACACCAUCACAACAGUCCGCGUGGCCAUUUUGUGAAGAGAGAAAAAAAAAACACACACACACACUCACACACACAAACAGCCUGACUGAAAAGCGUGAUACAUCGCGACAUAAACGCGCUUGGCUGUGGUGCACGCUGUUUGCACCGCCAGAUAGGCUGGUCGUUAGUUUUAAUUGUGCAAAAAGGCGAGAAAAUGUGUCGUUUGCUAGCUAGCUGUGGUGCUAGCUUGAUUAAAGUGACGUCGGGAAAAAAGGGGAACGAGGUGGGGCAAGAACAAAAAUACGACCGGCGCCACUAUCGGCGCCACAAUGAAGCACAGUAAAUAGCAAUCAAAAUGAUAUGAAGAAAAAAAGUGCACACACAGAGAAAAAGAAAUAUAAUUUAGUGCGUAAAGAGAAGAUAACAAAACGGAACUCUAAGACAUAAAGAAGAGAUGUGAAUUAUGGAUUAACGAAAAUAGUAGUAAACAAAAGCAAAAAAAAGAGGAAAAAAUACACAAAUCACAAAACCCACAAACAAUCUCCAUAAGCUCAAAACACACAAACCCAAACAGUUUCGGCACAACUCCACAAACAAAGCGAAACAGAUAAUAAUGAAAAAAAAAACCACAGUUGAAAUAAAAUAACAAUAAAACACAAAACAAAAACAAGACAAAACAUGUGAAAUGAGUGAACAAUUGUAUAAUAGGAAAAAAAGACAAAAAACAAAACAAAAAAAGAGAUAAUGAACAAAGCUAAGCCGUUUGUGACAAAACAAAAGAAUAUGUCGUUUGACGUGUGCAUGUUGUGCAUGGUGCUGAAAGUGAAUCAAAAUAAAUAAGUAAAUACAACAACACAAAAAAGAAAGCAAACUGAAGCAAAAACAACUCCAUGCAAAAGCGAUAAUUCAAUUGCACCCGCAGAAUGGGAGGGGGGGGAGCGAUUAAACCUGCUCCAGAGGAGCUGUAGGAAGCUUUUGCCCGUUCGUGCAAAGGAUAUUGAGCAGAGGAAGCAGAACAAGAACACACAACAACAACACGAAGAAACAAAGAAACGGCGAGGAAACGGUAGAGGGAAACACAGAAAUAUACGACGCCGGAAACAAUUACGGAGCGAAGGCGAUUAAAAAUAACUGUUAAAAAGGCUAAUUAUUUCCAUUGAAUUACACACCUACUUCCGGUGGUCCGCACGCUCCACCCGGCGGCGGCGGCCGGAGAGAGCAUUGCGGUCAAUUGCGGCACGAGGGGUUUGAAUGAGUGUGUUAGUGUGUAUGUGUGAACAAAAGGACGAAUGUAUGUGUGUGUGUUUGUUAGUGAAAAGAAUGCCGCAAUAGGAAAUGAAGCUCUUCCUAUCAAAUCACUGUAAAGCAGGAAUUGGGAAGGGAAAUGAUAAACACGUAUAAGUGGGAGGUGGGUAAGGUGGGUUUUACCGUCGUUUUGCGCCCCUGCUCGGUUACCGGUUAGCGCGCACAGGGUGUAAUAAAAAGUUUUUAAUUGUAAGAAAAGAAGAACACAAACACACAUACAAUGGAGAA